GUCUCGUAAGGUCCGCAUCAGUUUCAGUAGUGAUCUCUGCAUCGCCACACCAUUACCGCCACCAUGAACGCUAUACUUGUAUUAGCCAUUCUCAGCCUGGCAAUGCCUAUUUAUGGCGAAGAAACACAAGUAGAAAAAAAACAGGAGAAGAGGGGUAUCUUAGGGUUGGGUUACGGAGGAUAUGGAGGAUAUGGAGGAUACGGAGGAUACGGAGGAUACGGUGGAUUAGGAAAUUCUCUGAUUGCGGGAUCAGGUUACGGAGGUCACGCCCUUUCGGUUUCAGGUCACGGACAAAGUGGUUAUCUCGGUGUUGCCCCAGCAAUUGCCUCCUCAGGUCACGGCAUUUUCGCACCCGCCUACGGCUACAGCAACGUGCCCAUAGCGUCUCAUGGAUACAGUGCUCCUCUGGCUUAUCGUAUUGGUUAUUCUGGUGGUCCAGGAUACGGUGGGGCGAAUCUAGGAGGACUCGGACACGGUGCCGCAGGAGCCGCAGGAGUCGCAGGAGCUGCAGGAGCUGCAUAUAGCACCGGAUUGGGAUACGGCGCGAGGGGUGGUCUUGGACACGGUGCGGGACUCGGAUACGGUGCUGGACUCGGAUACGGCGCGGGAUUGGGACAUGGUCUCGGUGCUGGUCUCGGUCGUACUGGUCUAGGUGCCGGUUACGGUGCCGGUUACGGUGCCGGUUAUGGUGCCGGUUACGGCCACGGAUGGUGAAGACGCGGCGACUGAUCAAUUAUCUGACACACGCGGUGUCGCGAAACGUCCAUGAUCCUUCAAUUUCUCUUGUCAACUUUGUCCUGAUUGGCCUUACCACUCUCAAGUUUUAUAUCGUGCGACUUCCAAAUAAAUUUUAUAUUUUUUAGUAAUCCGCAGUACCUUUCUUAUGUCUCCAUUCUUACAGCGAGGGUGAAUUAUAAUCAGUGAUCUCUUGGAAAUUAAAUUGAUCAAUCUGUAAAAUAAAAAA